AUGUUGGACACUUUAAAACCAACUGCAUCACUCGGACCAAUCACCAAUAGUCGUCUCUCCGUCACCUCCCCCUCGCUUCCAACGCCGUCAACGAACGUUGACCGCCCUCCCGAACCACCACUAACGUUCUUCUUCUUCUCCUCCUCCUAUUUCUCCUUCUCCUACUCCAUCGCCUCAACGUCUUCCGCCGUGGCGUCUGCUGUGCCAAUCCACACUACACACAACCCCUGCACACCAACGAACACCACCACCGUCAAGACCAGUGACGUGGAUCCGAUCUAUACCUCUCCUCAUUGCGAUCGCACUUCCACCUCACACAUUGGCCUGGCUGGUCACUUGCGAAUUCAUCGCACAGAGACUGGCGAACCAAUGCCUAGAGCACUAACCUACACUCGCCGCAUCCGCCUCCACUGUCCACAUUUCAUCCGCACAUUCAUUCACCGUAUGGGUCUAUUAGGCCACAUGUGCGUCAACGUAAUCCUACGAUAG